GGAAGACCUACUCAAUGAGACCACCCUCCCACUUCAUUCUUCAGGAGUUCAGGAUGGGAAAGCAGAUGUGAAGUCCCUCAUGGCGAAGUUUAACACAGGGGGCAACCCCAUGGACCAGGUCUCGGUCAACAGCAGGCCCUUCAAGGUCCCGGGCCAAAACUCCCUUUCAGGAGUACAGGCCAAAAAGAACUUAUUCAACAACCAAGGAAAUGCCAGCCCUCCUGCAGGACCGAGCAGUGUGCCCAAGUUUGGGUCCCCAAAGCCCCCUCUGGGGGUAAAACCUUCUUCUGAGGAAAAGCCUGACAAGGAGCCCAAACCUCCAUUUCUAAAGCCGACUGGAGCGAGUCCCAGGUUUGGACCGCAGGCCAACUCGGCCACCAGAGACCCCGAGGUGAAACCGGGAUUUCUGAAAACUGUAGGCCCCAAGCCCAUCGACUUGCACAAAGAAGAUUCCAAACCUGCGGUUCCCCGGCCUCCUGGGAAUAAGCCUUCACUUCACAGUGUAAACCAAGACCAUGACUUUAAGCCACCAGGCCCCAAGCCGGGGUCAAAUCAUCCAGCCCAGGAAAAUGAACCGAAGCAAGUCUUCCCAAAGCUGGCUGCGGCUAAAGGCAAGUUUAUGUCAGCCUCACAAGAUCAGGACCCCAAGCCCCUCUUCCCCAAACCCGUCUUUGGCCAGAAGCCAUCCCUGAAUGCAGAUGACCCCCAGGAAGACGAAAGCCCCACCAAGACUGGGGCUCAACAGAGAGGCCCCCCGGCCCUCCUGGGAGCCAAGGCCAAAGCCGGCCCUUUGAAACCAGCCAGGGACGACCUAGAGAAUAGAGAGCAUGGAGGCGAGACGUCAAGUCUUCCUUUUCCUGGAGUCGUUCUGAAACCUGCUGCAAGCAGAGGGGCCCCAGGCCUCUCCAAAAAUGCUGAAGAGAAAAGAGAAGAUAGGAAGGUAGACGCUGCUAGGCACGUCUUGCUGAGCAAAAUGAAUCUGGAAGAGCCGGCCGCUGGGGCUCCUCCUGCCAAGCUCCUGAAGACACCUUCGAAGCGGACAGUGGCAGGGCCCUGGGGCCAAAGUCAAGAAAAGGAAAAGGAGGACCAGAAUUCAGCCACCCCCAAGCGGAAACCCCUGCCCCCCUUGUUUACCCUGGGCCCCCCUCCACAAAAACCCAGCAGGCCGCCGCACGUUGACCUCACGAAAUUCCGGAAAGCCGCUUCUGGAAACAGUACCAGCAAAGUCCCAACGUCUUACUCAACAACUUCCCUACCACCACCUCCACCAUCCCAUCCGGCCAGCCAGCCACCAUUGCCAGCAUCUCACCCAACACAGUCGCCAGUCCCAAGUCUACCUCCCAGAAACAUUAAAUCUCCCUUAGAUCUCAAAAGCCCUGUAAAUGAAGAAAAUCAAGAUAGUGUCAUACACUUUGAUGGAAUGGGAAAUCUGGAUGAGGAACAAGAGAGUGAAGGAGAAACGUAUGAAGACAUAGAAACAUCCAAAGAAAGAGAGAAGAAAAGGGAAAAGGAGGAAAAGAAGAGAUUAGAGCUGGAGAAAAAGGAACAGAAAGAGAGAGAAAAGAAAGAACAAGAAAUAAAGAAGAAAUUUAAACUAACAGGCCCUAUUCAAGUCAUCCACCAAGCAAAAGCUUGCUGUGAUGUCAAAGGAGGAAAGAAUGAACUGAGCUUCAAGCAAGGAGAGCAAAUUGAAAUAAUCCGAAUCACAGACAACCCUGAAGGAAAAUGGCUGGGCAGAACAGCCAGGGGGUCAUACGGCUAUAUUAAAACAACGGCUGUAGAGAUUGACUAUGAUUCCUUGAAACGGAAAAAAAACUCGCUCGGUGCUCUUUCAUCAAGACCUUUUGAAGAUGACCAGGAAGUAUAUGAUGAUGUCGCAGAGCAGGAAGAUGUUAACAGCCACAGUCAGAGUGGAAGUGGAGGGAUGUUCCCACCUCCCCCAGACGAUGAUAUUUAUGAUGGGAUAGAAGAGGAAGAUUCUGUUAAUGGCUCCACGCUACAGGUUGAAGAGAAGAGUAACACGUGGUCCUGGGGGAUUUUGAAGAUGUUAAAGGGAAAAGAUGACAGAAAGAAAAGUAUACGAGAGAAACCAAAAGACUCUGAGUCAGACAAUGAAGGUUCAUCUUUCCCUUCUCCUCCUAAACAAGUGGACAUGGGAGAUGAAGUUUAUGAUGAUGUGGAUGCCUCUGACUUCCCUGCUCCACCACCAGAGAUGAGUCAAGGAGCCAAGGCCAAGGCAGAAGAAAAAGACCCUAAGAAACUGAAAAAGCAAGAAAAAGAAGAAAAAGACUUCAGGAAAAAAUUUAAAUAUGAUGGUGAAAUUAGAGUCCUCUAUUCCACCAAAGUUGCACCCUACUUAACUUCUAAAAAGUGGGGGAACAGAGAUCUGCAGGUAAAGCCUGGAGAAUCCCUGCACGUUAUACAAAACACAGAUGAUACAAAAGUUCUCUGCAGGAAUGAAGAAGGAAAAUAUGGUUAUGUCCUUCGGAGUUACUUGGUGGACAAUGAUGGAGAGAUUUAUGACGAUAUUGCUGAUGGUUGCAUCUAUGACAAUGACUAGUUCUCAGCUUUGGUCAUUCUGCUAUGUUCAUUUGAUGCCAAUGUGAAGUCUGGGUUUUAAUUGGCCUAUGUUAUCAGGUAUCAUAGAAAAUGAAUGCACAAAACUAGUUAUUACCAUUUGUUAUAAAAUUCUGAUUAUUUUUAUACAUUUUGAGAUUUUGGACUUAGAAAAUGAUUUCUCUGCUUAAUCAACAUCUUGGAAGACUGCAUCAAUGAGAUGUAAGAAAUAUUAAAUACCAGUUCUGCCUCAGCUACAAUUAUGUAAGCACUUCUUUUAGACCAUCAAUAGACAACUCUCCCUUCCUAAAAAAAAAAAAUCAUUUGAGAAAAAAUGGCUGUUGUCUAAAGAAAUAUAAAGAACAACAAAAAUAUAAGGAAGGAAAUUUUUAAACUUUUCAUAAGAAGAAAAACUCUUGUUUAUACUUCUAAUGAUCCUAUCUUAUAUUCUCUAUUCAAAUUAUCUAUCUUUUAAAAGGCAGGGCUGUCUCCACUCUUACUGGUGGGUUAAAUGUUUUCAAAAUUUAUAGUAGUAGCAGAACUUUUGUAUAAAGUUUGUCCCUAUUUGUUAAUUACGAAUAUUUUUUAAUUAUUUGACGAGAAUGUGUGCAAUUAGUAUGCACACCUAAGAUUAAAACUGUAGAAGGGUCUAAAACGUUUUCUUUUUGUAGAUUCAUAUGCUAACCAUAUAAUUCUGUUUAAAGUACUGUUGUAACUAGAGCAAAUAUGAAUGAAGACUACCCUAAAAUUAUGAAGAAUGGAAGAAUGGAGUUCAAAAUUAACUAGCCUUUUAUGGCACCUCUUUACUAUGAAGACUCUUUUAAAGGUUUCUGUUUUUGUUUCUCAAUUACCUCUAUGGAAAAAAAUUUUUAAACCACUUUACUGGAAAGUUGGCCAGCAGAGGAAAUACAAAUUAAUAAACCUUAGCGUUUGGGCUGGGGUGUUUCCUAUUGGUACGUACUCAACCAAAAACAACCCAAAAACAAAAUGUGGAGCAUUUGGGGUCCAAAUGCUAAGAACACUAAACACCACAAUACAAAAUGCAGAAACCUAACACCCAAGAAAAUAGCAUAUUAGGAAAUUUUUUCACAGCUUCCAAAAUAUGAAUUGAGCAAAUCCUAAUGCUGGCUCUGCUACUAAUGAACCAUGAUGUGUUAUUGGAUAAAUUAUUUAUCCUCCUCCUAGUUUUCUCAUCUGCAAAUUUCAGGAUUAGACUAAGUCAAUUUUUCCCGACGUUUUCACUAUCAGUUACCUCAGAUUUCUAUAAUCCUCCCUCUACCCGAGCCCUGUGUUUCAGAAGUUUAGCUGAUUUUUAAAACUCAUUGAUUAAGUAAUGAUUAAUGCAUUAUCCAUGUUUUAAUAUUGCAAAGGCCAAUUGGAGAGUCUAAAGAGUAGCCCCACUGAAUUGAAAUAAUUUCAAGUAAUUGUAAAGGAAGUCAAAGUCUUCAUGUGGGUUAAGUGGGAUUUCUAUUAGGUGCUUUGAAAUUUAAAAAUAGAUCAUCAACUACUAUUGUUCAAUGUAUAUAUUCUGGGGGUCUGAGGCCCCCAGAUUAGAAGUCACUGAUCUCAAAGACCCCCUCCAAUUAUGAAAUAUUUUGAUGUCUACUUUUUGAUAGGGAGAGCCAGUAUUUGCUCACGUGAUGAAUUUAUUUUAAUACUAGAUAAAAUUACAUCAUCCAAAAGUGGUUUUUGUUUGUUACAUUUGGUAACAAAUAUACAAAAUACACUGACAUUAUGUUUCCAGUAAUUUUAUCUUCUGAUUGAGAAUGGUAUAAACUCAAUACAAUGUCAGUUUUUAAAAUUCUAAAUUAUAUCAAGGGAAUCUUUCAGAGUUAUGGUUUAUACACCAAGAAACAGACACGUCUAUGAAAGAUUUAUGUAAUAGACAAUCAUCUUAAUAUAAAAGAAAUAUCUGAAGUAUUAAUUUUAAUAUACUAAAUAUUAUUUCUGUUAUGGUUUUAUGUGAGGAAUUUUGUCGUGUGAGAAGAGCGGGAAAUAAAUAAUACC